AUGGCACAAAAAUUUAACUCCCCGGGCAGUAAAGGCCGGUCCCGAGUGUCCUUAUUUGUCGUAAUUGCUCUCUGCUGUUUCUUUUACUUGCUGGGAGUAUGGCAGAAGAGUGGUUUUGGGAAGGGAGAUAGUUACGCAAUAGAACUGAAUAAACAACAGCAGCAAGCAGAAUGCAUUAUCCCACCUUCUCUCGACUUUGAAAGCCAUCACAAUUAUGUGGCGCCAAUGGAGUCCUCUGAGUCCAAGCCCAAAAUGAUUGAGCCGUGUGAUGCUCGAUAUACCGACUACACUCCUUGCCAUGAGCAGGAUCGAGCCAUGACUUUCCCAAGAGAAAACAUGGUGUACAGAGAAAGGCAUUGUCCACCAGAAGAAGAAAAAUUGCGUUGCUUGAUCCCGGCACCAAAAGGCUACACGACCCCUUUUCCUUGGCCAAAGAGCCGAGACUAUGUGUACUAUUCGAACGUUCCUUUCAAGAGCUUGACUGUGGAGAAAGCCAACCAGAAUUGGGUACAGUUUCAAGGGAACGUAUUCAAAUUUCCAGGAGGCGGGACAAUGUUUCCUCAAGGUGCUGAUGCAUAUAUUAACGAGCUUGCACAAGUUAUACCUAUUGCUGAUGGCUCAGUUCGUACGGCUCUUGAUACUGGCUGUGGCGUUGCUAGCUGGGGUGCUUAUAUGCUGAAGAGGAAUGUGCUUACUAUGUCAUUUGCACCGAGAGAUAAUCACGAGGCGCAGGUGCAAUUUGCAUUGGAGAGAGGAGUGCCAGCUGUUAUUGGGGUUCUUGGGUCGAUAAAACUUCCGUAUCCGUCCAGAUCAUUUGAUAUGGCCCAAUGCUCAAGGUGCUUGAUACCAUGGACGGAUAAUGCUGGCAUGUACUUAAUGGAAGUUGAUCGAGUCCUUAGACCUGGUGGAUACUGGGUCUUAUCUGGUCCCCCAAUCAAUUGGAAGACAUACUUCCGUACAUGGAAAAGGACAAAAGAAGACCUGAAAGCCGAGCAGUCAAGGAUUGAAGACUUGGCCGAAUCUCUUUGCUGGGAGAAGAAGUACGAGAAAGGAGAUGUUGCCAUCUGGCGGAAAAAAAUAAAUUCCAAGUCUUGCAAAAGGAAAUCUGCCAACUAUUGUCAAUCUUCAGAUGCUGAUGAUGUUUGGUACGAGAAAAUGGAGACAUGCGUAACUCCUUUUCCCGAUGUGAAGAGUGUGAAUGAAGUAGCUGGUGGGGAGUUGAAGAAGUUUCCAGCUCGGCUCAUGGCUGUCCCACCUCGAGUUCUCAAUGGUGAUGUUCAUGGGGUGACUUCCGAGUCCUAUGCGGAGGAUAACAAGCUUUGGAAAAAGCACGUCAAUGCUUACAAAAAAUCUGUCGGGUUACUUGGCACCUCGAGAUUUAGGAAUAUUAUGGACAUGAAUGCAGGGCUCGGAGGUUUUGCUGCUGCUUUGGAAUCAUCGAAAUUGUGGGUGAUGAAUGUUGUUCCAACUAUUGCCCCAAACACGUUAGGUGUCAUUUACGAGCGAGGCUUGAUUGGGAUAUAUCACGACUGGUGUCAAUUUGAAGACAUUCUCUUGGAAAUGGAUCGCAUUUUGAGGCCUGAAGGGACCGUGAUAUUUCGGGAUGAAGUUGACGUGUUGAAUAAGGUGAAGAAAAUUGCAGGCGGCAUGAGGUGGGAUUUGAAGAUGGUGGAUCACGAGGAUGGCCCGCUCGUCCCGUACAAGAUUCUUGUUGCGGUCAAGCAGUAUUGGGUUGCUUCAUCAAACAGCACGUCCACCGAUCACUGA